AUGGACUCACUUGAAAAGUUUGAAUUUUCAUCAUCAACUGUCAAUAGUGAUUUGCUACCACAUGAUCCGUACCCUAAUAUCUCUGUUGCGGCAUCGAAUUUUAUUGAUGAUUUGUUUGUAAACCCUCAAAUAAUUCUUGAUGAAUUCAAUCCGGUGGUGUUUAACUCUUUCUCGGAUGAACCAUUUGAAGGGUUUGAUGAAUCACAGUCAAGAGUUUUUCCCGAACAAAUGCUCACCAGUGCGCUUGAACAAGCAUCAGAGCCAUCGGCACACGAUCAUGUUGAUUCGUUGCGAUUACUUACGCCACCUGACCCUUAUCAACGCGCGCGGUAUGAUGGAGAACUUGAUGAUGAUCUUCGUUUUAUUUCCACACCGAAAAACAAAGGCAUUGUACUGGAGAUAUCCGAUAUCCGAAGCCGUAUACCUGAUAAUAUGUCGGUCAUGUUACGUGCGUCUCGCACUACAACUCCAUUUGGCACUGAUGAAACGAUCUGUUGCCAUCCGUAUCCAUUAUCGACCGUAAACGAACAGGCAAUAGUUCACCACGGUUCUUUGCUAUUUCCUGUAUCGGAUAAAAACAUAGAAGAGCAAAGAAUAAUAAUUGACGACCUAAUUAUGUCGCGAUUAAAACAAUCUACUGUGACAACCAGAAAGCAGUGGCCAAUAUUCACGUACGAUCAGGUUGAUUGCGCAGGUUAUCAUAACAUCAAUCUCGAUAAAGCAAAAUCCAUCAUUAACACCUAUAAUCUUCGAUAUUCUGUCUUACAUUUUCAAAUAUUUCUUGUCGAUCAGAAUCAAAUAGCUCAUUCGACUUACAUGUCUUGUAAAACAGAGCCAAUUUAUGAAUAUGAAUACAAGGAACAGAACUGUAUUCCAGAACAAUACCGAAACAAAAGAAACAAAUCAAAUACAGCUGAUACAAAACGUAAAAGAACUGGUCCAAAACAAAAGACAAUCAAAAGACUGAAUGGCCUUAUCCGCACAACACAAGGAGAUUUGUAA